AUGAUAGCUGGAAAUUACCGUAUGAAAGCAGAGGCCAGAGCGCGUGGAGAACGCCUCGACCCAGAGGAGGCGAAGAGAGAGCAACGACAGACUGUCAAGAGACUGAGGGACCGUUGGAAGAGCGACCUGGAGGAUUCCUCCUACGGAGUCCGCAGUAUAGGGGCUCUCCUCCCGUCAUUCAACCAGUGGCUCGAUAGAGAACACGGGGUGCCCAGCUACAGAUUGACGCAGGUAAUAACCGGACACGGUUGCUUCGGUCAUUACCUGCAUGAAAUUAAGAGAGAGCCCAUGACAAUCUGCCAUGACACGGCCCAGCACACACUUGAAUCGUGCAGGCGAUGGGCUGUGGUACGCCAAAACAUGGUGGUGGCAGCGGAAAUCACGAGUGGGGACCUCUCGCUGCACGACGUCGUGUCGGCCAUGUUGCGCAGCAAGAGGGCAUGGAAGGAAGUUGAGGCCUUUUGCGAAACCGUGAUUUCCCAAAAGGAAGCAGUGGAGCGGUUGCGCGAAGAUAGUGCAGAUGCGGAAAGUUCUAUUCUCCGGAAAGUUCUCCAACACAUUUCUUUAUAA